AUGCCCCCCACCUCCACGACUCACGAUACCAUCAGCCAUGGGCGCUUCGUCCCAUACCAGCGCUUAACUCAAGGUCAUUAUGCUGCAUCGUGUUUCGCGCCGUACCGCUACGAGAUGCCGGAAGCGACCAACCGGAGUGGCCGAUGGCCCGAACAGUUCGCCGACGUGCCACCGGAGACUGCGACAGAACCCAUGGAGAGGUCAAAAGAGAUAGAAGCUCAAUGA